GAAGCAUUGGUGAGCGGUGUGAUGGAGGCGAUUGAAGUGCGGCAAUUGGUCCAGGGCAUACCUUUCGCCACAACAGUCCUCGCUCGGUCGCCAGUCGCCUGGUCAGAAGAGAACAACAUCUCCCUUGUGACCCAGCAUGGCGUCUAUAUUAUGGUACUCUAAGAAGAGUUUGGUAUGAGGAACACUUGCACCUCAAAGACGUUACAUCAUUACCAUCGUCAUUACACGAAAGUAUAGCUACUUGCGUUACAAGGAAACACUUGAUGUUUAGUGUGGAAGAAAUUAAGUUUCGUUGUGUUUGUUAGAAAAAGAAUAAUUGCCAAGAUGAAUGUGAUAAACCUCUUCACAGUUUUAGUGGUUGUGAAUAUGGCUUGGGGACUCAACUUUACUGAGUAUGUGUUUGGAACCAAUACAAAUUUCAUGCCAGCUGCAUUUGGAGACUUCAACUCAGAUAAGCUGACAGACUUGUUUGUGGUGACUGAGGAUGGCAAGACUGUGGAGGUGUUGAUAUCCCAGUCUGAGCCCCCCCUCAUGCUCGCCCCGGGGCCUGAGGGUGGGACGUCCUGCACCUACAAGACACUCAAUAUCCGCAAUGUUGCUCCUGGUGACUUUGAUGGAAAUGGAGCCAUGGAUGUGAUGAUAGUGUCAUACAAUGCUAGUGUUUCACCAUUUUAUCAAGUGUUUAUCCUGUGGGGAAACCUGAAGGAAAUGACUCUAAACUGUGGAUCAGAAGACACACCUUUGCUUACUGUCUCAGGCCAUCCCUUAGUUAUGGACUACAAUGGAGACAUGAUCCCAGACCUGUUUGGAGAGGAUGAACAGAAAAACAGAAUGUUUUGGGUGUUUGGACCAAAACGAGAGCCUCCACAAGCUGUGCCAAUGAGCCAAGGCAACCUUACAAACCUUACUUUGCCAAGUUCAAAUGCUUUCAUUGAUCUGAAUGACGAUCUUGCUGCAGACUUGUGGGUGACAGCCAAAGGACAGUAUGAAGUGUGGAUGAAGUCUGGCAAUGAUUUCAAGCAGACUGUUAUCACCAAGCUACCUAAUAUCUCUGUUGUGAUAGGACAGACAUCAUUUGCUGAUGUGAAUUUAGAUGGAGAAGUGGAGGCUCUUGUCCCAGUUUGUAAAGAUGCGUCAUGCUCACAGAGUGCAGUGUAUAUAUACAGUUAUGGGCCUGAUAAGUGGAUUGAGCUGAAUGUCAACUUUAAAGAUCCAUCUGAAAAGCUUUGGAGGUACCCAAAUGAGGCACUGCAAGGUUACCGUUACACAGAAACUAUUACCUUGCGUGUUGGUGAUUAUAAUCUGGAUGGGUACCCUGACUUUCUGGUAACCCUCAUCAAUCCUGACAAUAAACCAAGAGUGGUCCUGAUGGAAAAUGUCAAAUGUGAAGAAGCAUGCAGCACUUACCCAAGGAAGUUUGCUCCGAAGUGGAAUUUAUUUGAGGAUUUUGGAGACACAGUCUUGGGCACCUUUUGUGACUUUCAAGAGGAUGGCACCCUGGACGUCCUUCUAGUGCGGAAAGACUCUGAUGGGAAGUACCAACUUGGGGUAUACAAGGACCCCACCGAGUAUGAUGCUGUAUUUGUGAAGGUGCUUAUUUCCACUGGCCGCUGUUAUGGGGCUGACUGCCAACUCCAGAACAUUCCUUAUGGCACCAACCAGCCUGGACCAUCCAUCACCUACACCAUAACUACAGCCACUGGGGGCUUACAGCAGUCCAGGGCGACUCAGCUCUCCCAGACUGCGCACUAUGCCUUGCAGCUGCCUUACACUGUCUUUGGUCUUGGGCGAAACUGGAACUUUGUGGAGGCUUUGAAAGUUGGCAUCCCGAAGGGGAACAACUCAGAGACCCUGAGCAGUAGUUUCACCCAGAUCAUCCCCAAUUCCCAGCUGAUAGUUAUUCCCUACCCAAGGGAACACCCAUCUCUUUGGGUGAGCAAGUUGUUUAUCACUCCUAGCAAGGCAAUGCUCAUGACAGCCGGGGCACUGGUGGGGACCUGCCUCUUUGUGGCGGCCAUCAUCGGCAUCCUUCACCGGCGGGAGAUGCAGCAGGACAAGCGGGAGAAGCAGCAGGAUGCACACAAGUUUCAUUUUGAUGCCAUGUAAACCUCAACACAUUUAUUAUUUUUGUAGUAAGUGCAUAAUUAAUUUGUUGAUAUAAUUAUAUACUAUUUAUUACAUUGUUCAGUGGUAAGAAACUAUUUUGUUUCUUAGCAUUUGAUGUGUACCCUCAGACAACAAUCAUAUGGUCAUUGUUCAGUAGUUACAAUAAUACUAUACUCUCCCUUUUUUUUUUUAUUUUUUUUUAUUUUUUUUAGCCUUCGGUAUUGUAAGUCAUUAAUUAAUUGCAAUAAUUUGAUGCCUUUAUCAAUUCAUUAUACACGAUUGUUUUAUCUCUCAAGUAAUCACAUUGCAAGGUUUUGCUUGAGGUAUUGCACUAGUGCUGUGAACGGUCAAGAAGCACAUGUUUGAUGAUGCUUAAUGGAGAAAAGCUCAUCAUUAUUCUGUUUGUCAGUGCUUCUUCCCUUGUAUAUAAAUAUGUAGAUUUGUAUAUGGUAAAAGAGAAAUAGUAGAUACGUAUAUAAUAUGUAUAACAGUCCCUUUGCUUAAGCUGGAUCCCCAACAGUGGCUGGGCUUCUAGCCGGGCUGAUCAGGACGCCUCUGGUUGGCUGUUGUGGCUCAGAAAAUAUUGAUGUUACUUAAGCAGCUCAACUGUUACACAAAAAGGCAAAUUUUGAUUACAUCAUUGGAUUAAGCAGUGAUUUUACAACUAUGAGACAAUUUUCAAAACUUUAUUUGAUAAUAAACAUAAUAAUUACAUUAAGUAUAAUUCAAAGAAUAACAUUAAAUGUUUUAUUCCACUUUUUGUUUUUUCUCCAUAUUUGCAGCAAUAACAGAAUCAAGUUGAGAAAAAAAUAUUUGUUUUCAUACAUAAAAUUAUCCUGAACAUGACAGUGCUUGCAAAUUCUAGAUGAAGUGCAAUAUAAAAAAGAAGCAAAGAAGAAUUUGUAAAAAGUAAUAUGAUUCACAGAAUGUCAGAUACCAAGCCAACCCAGCUUGGUGUCUGACCACUGUUGGUGAUCCAGCUGAAGUACAUGAACUACAUUUAUUUACUCACUUUGGUCAGGCUGGCAGGGCAUAACAUUAAGUAGAUCUGAUGUGUUGUUAAAGUUGAAGUUAACAAAAGAACAAGGAUUUGACACAAUUUUUUUUAGAGCUUGUGCAAACUGACUUUUUAUAUAUGAUAAGUUUCAAACUUUAUAGGAAAAAACACUUGCCUUAAAAUAUUGUCUGCCCUCAGCCUCUCAAGUUUUAUUUUUCUGCUUUCAUAGAGAAUAAAUUUCAAUGGCAAGGAAUUAUAUUUGUCAAGUAUGGUGGAGAAUAUAUUUGAAUUGUAUUGAAAACUGUAUAGUGUGAUUAUAGAAAUAUCAGCUACAAGAAAGAAUAGCAUACUGCACAUUGCAUCACUUCAGUUUUGCUAUUCUUUCAAAAUAUGUAAAUAUCUUCAACUAUUUUUGGAAUAACAGAAUUGUGCUGCUGGCAGGUAAAGAAACGAUACAAUAAUAAUAAUAAAAAUCACUGUUGGCUCUAGCCUUGCCUUGGAUUCUGGUUUGUUUGUUGUCUUUGUGUUAUGUUUGUGUGUGUGUGUCAUGUUUAAAAAAGAGGAGUAGGAUAUCAUAAUUGCUGUCUUUUGUGAUUUGUACAGAUUUAAUGUUGCAUAAUGCAUAUCCAAUCACCAGGGCAAAGCUUUAACAAGGUUUGAGUUGCAAGAUGAAAGUUUUAGUCAAAGGACUUAUAUUUUAUAUUCCUUUCAGACAUUUAGAAGUUUCAGCAGCAAAUUUUAAUAAAUACAUUUUCAUUUUAUUGUAUUACUUGAUUUCUAUGCACAUGGACUAUUUGUUCACAUAUUAGAUAAGAAAAGGCAUUUUCCUUCUGUCAGGCAAUUGUUUGGCACAACUUUUAUGAUCAUUCAAAAUCCAGUAUCAUUUUAGUAGCUCAGUCAGCCGUUAACUCACCUGAACUACUGUAAGCCUGAGCCACUUCACUGCUGGAUACAUUAUCUUAGCCUUCCUGCCCUUUGUAAAUCUGCCAUCACUAUAUCAUAAAGGUAGUGUUUGAGUGGGAAGCGAUCCUGACAUUAUCAUUUUCACAAAAAAAGAAAGUGUGUGGCAUUCUUUUGACUUAGUUAAGACUUUUUAUCUAGUCCAUCUGUGUAUGUACUUGUGUUUUAUGUUCUGUGUAACUAUAAAGGAUAAUAAAGUUACUUUAUAUUCUGA